CGCUACCUCGCUCCUCACCACCGCUUCUCCUGCGAGAGCAACUUAGACUGACGACCACGCACGGUGUAGAGCAAUAAGAUACACCGACGACUACUACCUCGCCCUUCUCAAGAGUCUUGUCCCUGUUCACUUCAUACUCGCUUCCUCACACAACGAUCGUCCUAUACUAGAAGCUUUUCCCCACCUCUGUACUGCUCACAAUGCCGCCUACUGCAACAGGCACAGACGCUUCGGCCGCAUCCUCUUCCCAGGGUCGCAGGCCGUCGUUCGACUUCACUAUCCACAAGGGCAAGCCAGAAAUUUCCGCCGCACACCCAGCGUCGAUGCUCAACGAGGGCGCCAUUGCCGAAGAAGGCGAGGAUGGCCGUGCUACCCCUCCCAACGAGGUUGCAACCAACGGGUCGCGAAGUGCUCACGAAAAGGUCAAGCACUUCUUUGGUGGCAACCAUCUGGAUGUAGCUCCUUCUGGCCCUGUGACCGACUUUGUGCGCAAGCAGGGCGGUCACACUGUCAUCACAAAAGUCCUCAUCUGCAACAACGGUAUUGCCGCUGUGAAAGAGAUUCGUUCGGUGCGAAAAUGGGCCUACGAAACCUUUGGUGAUGAGAGGGCAAUUGAGUUCACAGUCAUGGCUACGCCUGAAGAUCUCAAGAUCAAUGCCGACUACAUUCGUAUGGCCGAGCAAUACGUGGAAGUGCCAGGAGGAAGCAACAACAACAAUUACGCCAAUGUGGACCUUAUCGUAGAUAUUGCAGAGCGUGCUGGCGUUCAUGCAGUCUGGGCCGGAUGGGGACACGCUUCUGAAAACCCUCGUCUGCCAGAGUCCCUCGCGGCAUCGCCUCAGAAGAUCGUCUUCAUUGGUCCUCCUGGAUCGGCUAUGCGAUCGCUCGGUGACAAGAUCUCUUCCACAAUUGUGGCCCAGCACGCCGAUGUGCCGUGCAUGCCCUGGUCGGGUACUGGCAUCAAGGACACUGUCAUGAGCGAGCAAGGCUUCUUGACCGUGUCCGAUGAGGUGUACCAGCGCGCUUGCAUUCACUCUGCCGAGGAAGGUCUCGAGAAGGCUGAAAUCAUCGGAUUCCCAGUCAUGAUCAAGGCCUCCGAAGGUGGAGGAGGCAAGGGUAUCCGAAUGUGCAAAGCCGCUGAGGACUUCAAGCAGCUAUACAAUGCCGCCCUCGGAGAGGUGCCUGGCUCUCCCAUCUUCGUCAUGAAGCUGGCUGGCAAAGCCCGACACUUGGAGGUGCAACUGCUCGCAGAUCAAUACGGUAACGCCAUUAGCAUCUUCGGCCGAGACUGUUCCGUUCAGCGACGUCAUCAGAAGAUCAUCGAAGAAGCACCCGUCACAAUCGCCCCAGAGCAGGCGCGAGAUGAGAUGGAGAAGGCAGCCGUUCGUCUGGCGAAGCUCGUCGGAUACGUCUCUGCCGGUACCGUCGAGUGGCUUUACUCUCCCGAGAACAACGACUUUGCCUUCCUGGAGCUGAACCCACGUCUGCAAGUCGAGCACCCAACGACUGAGAUGGUGUCUGGUGUCAACAUCCCCGCUGCUCAGCUACAGGUUGCUAUGGGUAUUCCUCUUGACCGCAUCCGCGACAUCAGGACUCUCUACGGCAUGGACCCUCGUGGUUCUGACCCCAUCGACUUCGACUUUGUCGACCCCGAGUCUACCAAGAAGCAGCGCAAGCCUCAGCCAAAGGGUCACGUCGUAGCGUGUCGUAUCACCGCAGAGAACCCAGACACUGGUUUCAAGCCUGGUAUGGGAGCACUCACUGAGCUCACCUUCCGCUCGUCUGACUCAGUCUGGGGUUACUUCUCGGUUCAGGCCUCCGGUGGUCUGCACGAGUUUGCAGACUCUCAGUUCGGUCACCUGUUCGCAUACUCACCCUCUUCCCGAGACGAGGCCCGUAAGAACAUGAUCAUCUCGCUCAAGGAGCUGUCCAUCCGUGGAGACUUCCGAACCACAGUCGAGUACCUUAUUCGAUUGCUCGAGACCCCCACUUUCAUCGACAACAGCCUCAACACCAGCUGGCUCGAUCGCUUGAUUGUGGAGCGCUUCGCUGCCGAGCGACCUCCUCGAGACUUGGCCGUCAUUGCUGGAGCAGCCGUCCAUGCUCACCUGAAGGCACAGGAAUGCGAGAACAACUACAAGCGCAUUCUCAACAAGGGUCAGGUUCCUCCUCGCCAGACCUUGCAGUCGGUCUUCUCCAAUAUCGAGUUCAUCCACGAGAAUAUCAAGUACUCUUGGACCGCCUCUCGCUGCUCUCGCAGUGUCUGGUCACUUUGGCUCAACGGAGGAAGGAUUCUCGUCUCUGUCCGACAGCUGGCUGACGGUGGUCUCCUGAUCACCCUUGCCGGCGGCAAGUCGCACCCCGUCUACUUCCAGCAAGAAGUUGGCUCGAUGCGACUCAGCAUCGACGCUCGAACUUGCACAAUCGAGGAAGAGAAUGAUCCCACCCAGAUCACCGCUCCUUCGCCAGGUAAGCUCCAGAGGCUCCUCGUGGAGAGUGGUGAGCACGUCAAGGCAGGAGCCGUCCUUGCUGAGAUCGAGGUCAUGAAGAUGUAUCUGCCCUUGCUAGCUGCCGAGGAUGCCAUUGUCUCAUGGGUCAAGUCUCCCGGUACCUCAGUCGCCCAAGGAGAUGUCCUCGGUAUCCUCGCCCUCGACGACCCAUCAAAGGUACAGCACGCCAAGCCUUUCAGUGGCCAGCUUCCAGAUAUCGGACUGCCCGUCAUUGUGGGUCAGAAGGCAGAGCAGCGCUUCUCCCACGUGCUCGAGGUGUUGACGGACGUACUCGAUGGUUUCGACCAAAGCUUUACCAUGUAUGCCGCACUGGCAGAGCUCAGUGAGCUCCUGCGGGACCCUACCCUCCCUUACGGACAAGCCCAGCGUAUCCUCUCUGCUCUUUCGGGCCGUAUGCCAGCACGCUUGGAAGAAUCGUUCCGAGCCAACAUUGAGACGGCACAAAAGCGAGGCGCCGAGUUCCCAGCCGCUCGACUCCGCAAGACGGUGGAAGCGUUCCUCAAGGACUCUGUCGAACCGGCCUCGAGGGGACAGAUUCAGACCACUCUCACUCCCCUGACUCAGCUUCUCGAGGAGUACAAUGGUGGACUGAAGGCGCACGAGGCAUCUGUCUACGCCUCCUUGCUUGAGAAGUACUACCUGACGGAAAGUCGCUUCACUGGAGAGGCAGACGUCGUCCUCGUGCUCCGCCAGGAGGCCGAUGAUGACCUGCAAGCGGUCGUCGACCAGGUUCAGUCUCACAAUGGCGUUGCUCGAAAGAACGGGCUCAUCCUCGCCCUUCUUGAGAAGUACGUCCGACCGUCCAGCUACCUCACUCGAGGAAGUGACGGCGCAAAGAUGCAGGAGGUCCUGUCUCAGCUCGCCUCUCUGCAGGGCAAGCUCGUCGCUCCCGUCGCUCUCAAGGCGCGUGAAGUGGCCAUUGCCGCACAUCUGCCAAGCCUCGAGGACCGACAGUACCAGAUGGAGAGUAUUCUCAAGAACUCUGUGUCGGCCAACAGCUAUGGUUCGGACGAAGAGUAUCACACUCCUAACAUCACCAUCCUGCAGGAGCUCGCCGACAGUCAGUACUCCGUUUACGAUGUUCUGCACGCCUUCUUCCGAUCGCGCAAGCCCGCAAUUGCCUUCGCAGCCCUGGUCACCUACGUGCUGCGAGCUUACCGUGCCUACGACCUAGUCAACUUCGACUACGCCAUGGAAGACUUCAGCGCAGAAGAGCGAGCUGUCAUCUCGUGGGACUUCCAACUGGCCAACCCCGGCAAGCCUACCUCCGAGCGCAAGGCUUCCGAGACCGAUCUGGAAGGCCUCAUGAAGGCCAAGGAGAACGCCAACAAGAGGCCCGAUCUGCGACAAGGAGUCAUGACGAGCGUCGGAAUGAUUUCGGAUCUUACCGAUGCUUUGCCCAAGGUCUUGAAGGUCUUCAAGCGAGGCAAUGCCACCUCGCCCAUCAACGUGCUGAACAUUGCCGUCACGGACGAGGGAGAUACCUCUGAUGCUCAAGCUCGAGACCAGUUCGUUGCCUACACCAACCAGUUCGGUGACGCUAUCGCCAAGGCGGGGAUUCGACGAGUGACCUACCUGCACACCCAGCCGGGCGUGUACCCUUGGUUCACCACUCUGCGACGAUCUGAGGAUGGCACUUGGGCUGAAGAGCGUGCUAUCCGCAACAUUGAGCCCGCUCUUGCCUACCAGCUCGAGCUGAGCCGUCUCGUCACCAACUUCGAGAUCGUUCCCAUUCCGGUCACCUCUUCGUCUGUGCACCUCUACUUCGCUCGAAGCCGUCAGAACCCCAGCGAUGUCCGCUUCUUCGUCCGAGCCCUCAUCAGGCCUGGAAAGAUCUCUGGAGAGGCUGCCGCCGACUUCCUCAUUGCCAGCACGGAUAAGCAUCUCUCUGAUGUUCUGGACACGCUCGAAGUCGCCGAGGGUCGCCCAGACACCCGAGGUACAGACGACAACAACAUCUUCCUGUCCUUCCUGUACGACUUGCCAGAGGAGGUCGAACUCGAGAAGGUCUCCGAGACCUUGGCCAGCUUCGUCGAGCGACACGGUCCUCGACUCUUCCGUCUUCGAGUCACCAAUGCCGAGAUUCGCCUCGUCCUCACUCAGAAGGGAGAGCGCCUGCCUCUGCGAUUCUUCGUCUUCAACGAGACUGGUUUCCAGGUCCGCUUCGAAGGCUACCAAGAGCAUGUCAGUGACGCGGGUCGAACCACCCUUCGUAGCAUCCUCGGACCUGGUCGUCUCAAUGGCGAGCUUGCCAACUUCCCUUACGAGCCUCGUGUCGCCUUGCAGACUCGACGUGCUCGAGCUCAUGCUCUUCAGACGACCUUCUGCCACGACCUCGUCGCAGUCUUCCGAGAGUCGCUUCGAGCCUCGUGGAAGGGAGCCCCUGGUGCACCCUCCGACCCCCUGCCAUCCGUGUCUGAGCUCGUCAUCGACGAGGAAGAGGACGUUCUCCGAGAGACGCAGCGUCCUGCUGGUCUGAACAAGAUCGGUAUGGUCGCCUGGCUGAUCACCGCCAUCACGCGCGAGUACCCUCAGGGCCGAAAGCUGAUCAUCAUCGCCAACGAUGUCACGAUCCAGGCUGGAUCCUUCGGACCUGCAGAGGACCGCUUCUUCGCUGCUGCAUCUAAGCUGGCACGCCAGAUGAGGAUCCCUCGACUCUACGUCUCUGCCAACUCGGGAGCACGAAUCGGUCUUGCCAGUGAGCCAAUGGGACUAUUCAAGGUCAAGUUCCUUCGUGAUGACCCCUCCAAGGGCUUCGAGUACCUUUACCUCGACGAUGCUGGACUUCAGACCUUGACAAGCAAGGCUGCUGGCAGUGUCAUCACUGAGACCACCACAGCUGCCGAUGGCACUAACCACCAUGUCAUCACAGACAUCAUCGGUCUUCAAGAAGGACUCGGUGUCGAAUGUCUGUCCGGCUCUGGUCUCAUUGCUGGCGAGACAUCUCGUGCUACCCAGGAGAUCUUCACCGCCACUAUCGUCACUGGCCGCAGUGUCGGUAUCGGAGCCUACCUUGCCCGACUGGGUGAGCGAGUCAUCCAGGUCGAAGGAUCGCCCAUGAUUCUUACUGGAUACCAGGCCCUCAACAAGCUCCUUGGAAGGGAAGUCUACACGAGCAACCUGCAGCUGGGUGGUCCUCAGAUCAUGUACCGAAAUGGUGUGUCUCACUUGACUGCCGCCGACGACAUGGCUGCCAUGAGGGAGUUUGUCCGAUGGCUCUCGUACAUCCCAGAGGCCAAGGGAGCCGCCCUGCCUCUGACGAUUGGUAACAACGACACUUGGGACCGUCCCGUAGGCUACAGCCCACCCAAAGGCCCCUACGACCCUCGAUUCCUGCUCGAAGGCACCACCGGCGAGGACGGCAGCUACCUUAGCGGUAUCUUCGACAAGGGCUCCUGGACCGAGACUCUGGCUGGCUGGGCUACCUCUGUCGUCGUUGGCCGAGCCCGUCUAGGUGGUAUCCCUGUCGGUGUCAUUGCAGUCGAGACGCGCACACUCGAGCGAGUGGUCCCGGCCGACCCUGCCAACCCCAACUCGAAUGAGCAGCGAAUCAUGGAAGCUGGUCAAGUCUGGUAUCCCAACUCGGCUCACAAGACUGCUCAGGCCAUUGCCGAUCUCAAUCGCGAGGGCCUGCCGCUGAUGAUCUUGGCCAACUGGCGAGGAUUCUCUGGUGGUCAAGAGGACAUGUUCCAGCAGAUUCUCAAGUUUGGUUCGAUGAUCGUCGACGGCCUGGUCGCCUUCAAGCAACCCGUCUUCGUCUACCUGCCACCCGGCGCUGAGCUACGAGGUGGUGCUUGGGUCGUUAUUGACCGCACCAUCAACGAGAAUGGCAUGAUGGAGAUGUACGCAGACCCUACCUCUCGCGGAGGUGUCCUGGAGCCUGAAGGGAUCGUAUCCGUCAAGUACCGACAGGACAAGCAGCGCGACACGAUGGCUCGACUGGACCCCAAGUACGCCGAGCUGGUGGCAGCUGGCGACAAAGCCGGCAUUGUCGCUCGCGAAAAGGAAGUUGGACCCGUCUUUGCUGCCGUUGCGGUUGCGUACGCCGACCUGCACGACAAGACCGGUAGAAUGGCUGCCAUGGGCGUCAUCAGGCAAGCUGUUCCCUGGGCCGAGUCCCGACGCUACUUCUACCAGCGAUUGCGUCGCAGGCUCCUGGAAGAGUCGUACGUCUCCACCAUUCGCGGUGCUCAGCCCAAGAUGUCUGCCAGCGAGGCUCGCGCCUUCUUGGAGAAUGUCAUCCAGGUGGGACUGGAGGACGUCGACGACCCAACGAUUGCUGGUCUGCUAGAGCAGAAGAAGGACGCUCUGGAGGGUGCCCUGAAGGACCUGCGGAGGAAGUUUGCGCUGGACAAGAUCAGCGAGCUAGCCCUGGGUCUGGAUGAGGCAACAAAGCAGAAGCUGAUGGCUGCUUUGGAUGGACAGCAGCAGUAGACGCAUUGCGCGACAUGGAUGUUUCGUAUCUUUUUCCCCUCACACGUUCCAUUACUAGACGUCUCAAGGU